AUGUUUUCGUUGGACAUGGAUGACAAUGCACUAUACCAUACAAAGCUGGAUACUCUGUUUCAAGGAGUCCGCCACCCCCACAGCACGGCAUCCACACCGGUCACCCAAUUCCGAGGUAUAAAGUACGCCUCCAUACCAAAAAGGUGGAGACAGUCGCGAUUAUUUGAAGAGUACUCCGACCGAUAUGAUGCAACGAUUUAUGGGCCGUCAUGCCCUCAAUAUGCUUCUCCGGUAGCAGCUGAAGACCUAUUCAAUGGCAUCGACGUGAACAGCAUGGAUGCCGUCAAGACCGAGGGACCAUUUCAAUUCAAUGAGUUUGAAUGUCUAAAUCUGAAUAUUUCUACUCCGACGGAUAGAUCAAAAAGGAACAAUAUCCCCGUUAUGAUAUGUAUUCAUGGUGGGGGGCUAUUAAAUGGACGCAAUGCAUCAUGGUUCGUCGACGGAGGAGCCUUUGUAGCAAAAAGCGUGAUAUCUAGGAAACCAGUAAUUUUUGUUACUUUGAACUAUCGGCUCGGAUCACUGGGCUUCCUUGCAUCUAAGCAGCUUCUUCAGGAUAAUCAGGAGGCCGGGGAUGCUGGGGUUGGGAAUUAUGGACCCCAUGACAUUUACCUCGGGAUUGAAUGGGUCUACCGCAAUAUCACCGCCUUUGGGGGAGAUCCUCGCAAUAUAACCCUGUUAGGAGAGUCUGCUGGCGCCUUGGGUGUUCUAAUGCAAGUCUACUCGUCUCUGCCACGCCGGUUUCGAAGAGCUGUUGUUCAGUCCGGACAGAUCGACUCUGGAACUAUGUCGUACCCCGCAACACUAGAAGAACAACAAAGCAUCUAUGACCAGCACCAGAAAAUGUUGGGAGUAAAUUCUCUGGAGGAAAUGCGAAGAUUGCCGGUUUCUGAGUACGAAUCUAUCCCGAUUCAGUUGCAGAAACUAGGAUCUAUGAUCUGCCGGAUUACCAUUGACAAUAUUCAUUACAAUUCUUCAUGGCAAGAAAGUGACUGCACUGGCCUUGAAAUCAUUGUGGGAGACACAUCUCAUGAAUAUACAGUGUUCGAGGCCAUUGCCAGAGAAGUCUCUCUGGGUCAAGACAGUAACCGAACUUCAACCGAUAAUUUUAUCGCCAGUCUCAAAGACGUUAUAGCAGAGGACAGACUGCAGCAAGUUUUGGCAACUUACAGCAUAACACCCACCCUGGACAAUGAGGAGAUCUUGCUUCGCCUUUGGCAGCUCAUAGAAGACUCUACAUUCGCAGAACCGACGGAGAGAUUCGCGUCAACCUCAGUGAGACAUGGAGCAGUGGUAUACCGAUAUCUCUUCGAUGAGAUCAAUCCAUUUGGUGGAUGGUUCGUUAACCGAGCAGCGAAUCAUGCACUAGAACUGCCUUAUCUGUAUGGUCCGAACGGUAUCUUUAGUAAAGUUGAAGAUCCACUAAAAGAACAAAAAAUCUCGACGGAUCUUCAAGAAAAAUGGCUGCGAUUUGCUUAUGGAGAGAGGAUUUGGAAGCCAUUCAACGAGGGCGGGUACUAUGCCUUCGGUCCAGAAGGCAAGUUUGGUCAAGUGGACCUUGAUGAGGUUAAAAUCAGACGCAGAGUGCAGAGAUGGGAGUGGGUGAGGGUGCUGAGGUUUGAGGAAAGAUGGGAGUUAGUUAUUCGAGCAGUCGCAUAUGCUUCGAGGCUUUUGUGGAAUGAAGCUGAGAAGACAUAA